UUUCAUUGUUCAGAAAAUUUUUUUUUUGAGACAGGCAAUAAAAAAUGAGGAAAUGCACUGGUAUUUUGCAGCUUUUGCCGUUAAACUUUCAUGUGUUUGUUUGUUGCAAAACCAAUGUUAUAUUUGAAAUCAGUAUAAAAAACUGAACUGACUGACGUUGUUGGUGACAACUUCGGUCUUUUUUGAGCUUUUCGACCGAGAUUUUUGCUGAAAAAUCAAAGUGGUCACAAACAUCUGAAACAUACAUUAGUCAAUUCAGUUUUUGUUACUGAUUCCAAAUAUAACGUUGGGUUUUGUAACAACAAAAAUACAUGGACGCUUCACGUCAAAAGCUGCAAAAUACCAGUGCAUUUCCUCAUUUUUUAUUGCCUGUCUCAAAAAAAAUAAAUUUUCUGAACAAUGAAACAAAACAAUAUAUUUCAAAACCGAUAAUCAGCUGUUUUCAUGCCAAUAUGCUGAGUCUAACGAUUUAAACAUUUUGGCUUUGAUCUCAUAUCUAUAAAGUCUUAAUGCUUUUGCUUGGAAGGAAAGUGGUAUUCUGACUAUCAGUGAAAAACCGAAAAGUUUCUGGGUCAAAUGACAUUUAAAUGACAGAAAAACUAGAUUUUUAGAUUCACUUUUUCAUAUAGAAUAAGACUAAAAAGAUUUAAAAUUCACAAAGACAGUAGAUUAGAGAUUCACGUUUAUUUUCAACAUAUAGACUGGUUUUUCAACUUUGAAAAUUUUCAAUCACAAAAAUGUUUUUCGUAAGAUUAUAACACACGUAUUUAGAUUCAGCUCGACGAUCUCUAUCGAAUGAUGUAUAAAUAUCGCAAAACUAAAAUACACUUAAGUUUUGAAUUUUCGACAUCUUACAAUAGAGUAAUGCAUGUGACACAUUUUUGUUUUCUGAAAAAGAACAUAAAGUAUUAUUUUAACAAACACAACUAUAAUUCAUAGCUAUGUGAAUUAUAUUAUCAUUAUUUAUCUACUCGAUAUAGAUAUACUUCACUUCUUGAGUUCAAAGCAAUGUGUAUUAGAGAAUCUUAUGGUUUUUUUAUUAUUGUAAAGAAUAGAAUUAGAUUUAAGUAGAUGUUGACUUUAUUUUUAUUUUUAGUUGGCUAUUUUGGAUGAUUUUACUCUUGAAUCAAUUGAUCUUGGUCAAGUUUUUCCGAUUAUAUUGAGAGUUGAACCAAUGCAAUGGAAUACAAGAGGAAUUUGGUUAAAUGUUUUCUUACUUUAUCGUGGUAGUAUUAAAUUAACAGUAAAAACAAAAUUAUUAUUAGACAAAUUAUUAAAUUAUAAUCGUGAAAAAGGUGAACCAAUGUUUAAACAACAUGCUUUCUCACAAAAAGUACAUAAACAAGAAGGAGUCAUACCGGAAGAUGAUAUAGCGGCAAGACAAAAAUUGUUAGCAAUGGAACCAGAAAUAGCUGAAAUGGCUCCAACGCGUAAACUUGGUACAAUGUUACAAAAUUUAGCGGAAAAUAAAUGGUUUCAGUUGAUUGCCGGUUUUACACCCGUUGCGGCAUUAUUCAAAAAAUUAAGUGGUAAAGUUGCCGGUGCACACAUUGAAGUGACAGAUUUUUCUGGUGUUUUAACUAUUAAUAUUCCUCCACCACCAUCGGAUCGUAUAUGGGUUGGAUUUCCAGAAGUACCCGAUCUAAAAAUGAAAGUUAAUCCACUAUUUGGAGACAGUACAUUUUCACAUCCGUUACUACACGAUUUUCUUGAAAGUAAAAUUAAAAGCGAAUUAAAACGUGUAGUUGUUUUACCAGCAAUGGAUGAUCAACUCUUACCAUUCUUUCGUGAUUGGGUUAUUGAUGUGAUUGGUGAAAUUGCUGAGAAACCAGUUGAUCCUAUUGCGGAUAAAAUUAAAGUGGGUCAACAUUUAAAAGAAUAUUUAACAGAAAAUAAUUAUUAUAAAGGUUUGAGUUCAUUGAGUGCAGCUGUUCCAAUGUCUCCACCAUCAUCAAAAGACACAUUGGAAGAUCAAACUUUAGCUCCCGCUUUUGAAUCUUCACCUAUGAAUAUAAAACCACCAACACCAUUAUUGUUAAGAAAAGUAGACGAUAAUCCAUUAUUAGAUGAAUAUACAACUAAAUUAUAG